AUGGCCACUCUUACCAAAAGCUACUUGGACCUUGUCAACGACUGUGACAGCUUUCCCUAUGAUGAGCCGGGUAAAGGGCCUUGCGACCACUGGUCGACCCUGUACCGCUUCUACAUGCCCGAAGACCCGCGACCACACGGACUCAUGCUUCCUGAAAUCGUCAAGAAGAUGCCAUGGACCAAGGAUUUUCGAGUCGAUCAUGACGCCAGAUCCGUAUGUCUUGAUCCCGAAGACAAAGAUCACCUGUCGGACGCAUGCACCCACGCCUUCUCCCACCUCAUCCAAAGAAGUAUCGACCAGGACAACUUUCAAAUUAUCCAUAAGAUGCACAGCGAGCCCUAUCCAGUAAUCGGAUACAAAGUCCCGGUUUCUUUCGAGCGGUAUUCGGGCAACCUAUUUGGAUUUGUGUCACGUGGCGCCCAUAUGACAGUAUACUCGAAGACUGCUGAGGGCAUGAAGAUAUGGGUCCCCAGACGCUCAGAGCAUCUGUUCACAUAUCCUAACUGCCUUGAUACGACUGUUGCAGGUGGCGUUGCUGCCGGCGAAGGACCGUUUGAGUGCAUUGUACGCGAAGCAGACGAGGAGGCUUCCCUGCCGGAGGAUCUGGUACGAAAGGAAACCAAGGCAUGCGGAUGCAUCACCUACGUCGGACUAUCAGAUGCUCGUGGCGCUGGUGAGCAGGGGUUAAUAUGUUCCGACCUGAUCUACGUUUACGACCUCGAGCUACCGGAAGGUAUCACAUGCGAGCAGAACGAUGAUGAGGUGAAAGAAUUCAGUCUGAUGAGUAUCGAGGAGGUAAAGGAUGGUCUUAGAAAGGCGGAGUUCAAGACAAACAGCGCCUUGGUGAUGAUUGAUUUUUUCAUUCGACAUGGCAUCAUCAAGCCCGAGGAGGAGAGACACUAUGCGGAGAUUAUGGCUCGUCUUCAUCGCAAGUUGCCACUUCCAACGGAUCCAGUGAGUGGUUAA